CCACAACCUGCAAAUAUGUCCUCUACAUCUCGCGAUAAAUCCGGAUCAAAGCGGAGUCGAUCUCGGUCUCCGCCUUGGAAGCGCCCUGAAAAGAUCCGUCACGUCGAUAGGACCCGCGCGAACGAUGGCAAUCGACAGCAUUGGAGCAUGAAAGAACAAGCACGACUCAACCAACUCCAGGAAGAUGAACAAAUGCGCCAGUGGGUUGCGCAAGAGGAUACCUUUGUGCUUAGACAGGCGAAAAAAAAGGCUGAAAUACGGGUAAAAGAAGGCCGAGCGAAGCCCAUUGACUGGCUUACGGUCACCCUGCGCGUUAUCGAUCCAACCAGGAACCCUCUUGACGAUGAAAUUCCCGACUCCGAACUUGAUCUAGUGGAUCCUGAAGGUGUUUUUGAGGGCUUGUCUGUUUCCCAGCUGAUGAGUCUUGAGCAAGAUAUCGACACAUUUCUCAAGCUUGAAACCAAUCCUGAUAAUCAAGAAUACUGGAAGACCAUGAACGUGAUUUGCAGGGAUCGACGACAGCGGGCCGAAUCUACGGCGCCGGAGGAUAGGGCGGUGAGCUCCGUUGCCGCAGACAUUAAUCGAAUAUUGAGCCCCAAGUCGUACGAGGAAUUAGCCACCCUUGAGGUACAAAUACGAAGAAAAUUGAAUUCGAAGGAGCCGGUUGAUACGGAUUACUGGGAGCAACUAUUGAAGAGUCUCACGGUUUGGAAAGCUCGAGCGAAGCUCAGACGAGUUUAUCAAGCCGUAAUUAAAGGAAGGGUCGAAGAGUUACGGAAGCAGCAGCGGGAAGAAGCAGUGAAUGUGCAAAACAAGCUGGCUCCUCUUGCGCCAUAUGAAGGAGCUGGUACCACAGGAAUGUCUCCGGAAGAGGAGGAAACAAUCCGGGAGCUUGAUCCAGAACCGCUUUUGCAGCUCCAAUCCCAAGAUAAAUCCCUUGAAAUACUUGACGAGAAGUCGUUCCUUUCUCGAGUGGCAUCUGACCGGAAGAAAAUCCUGAAAAUGGGCUACGCGCCAUUACGCCAGCGAUCAGCAGACAAGUCAGGACCUAUUGUCUCUCAUACUCAAGAAUCGUCCACCAUCUCUGCGGUUGCGCCUCGCUUUAUGUCAGCCCCGAAUGAUGACUUUUCCCAAGCCACCAAGGCCCUCUAUGAAAGAGAGGUUGCCAGGGGUAUUAGCGAGAACGAAGAGAUUUUCGCUGGCGAAGAAGUUGUAAACACAACGGUCAAGCCAGCUUGGGCUAAUAAAUAUCGACCCCGUAAACCGCGAUAUUUUAACCGCGUUCAGAUGGGCUAUGAAUGGAAUAAAUACAAUCAGACUCACUAUGACUAUGACGACCCGCCACCGAAGGUUGUUCAAGGAUACAAAUUCAAUAUAUUUUAUCCCGACCUUAUCGAUAAAACUAAAGCUCCAACCUAUAAAAUAGAGCGUGAGCAUGGAAGAAAACGUGGUCAAUCGUUCGCGCCUGCUGGGGAGGAAGAUACGUGCAUCAUUCGUUUCAUUGCAGGUCCACCGUAUGAGGAUCUUGCCUUUAGAAUCGUGGAUAAAGAAUGGGACUACAGCGCCAAGCGAGAAAGAGGCUUCAAAAGCACUUUCGAAAAGGGUAUUUUACAGUUACACUUCCAGUUUAAAAAGAUUUACUACCGCAAAUGAGGCCAUUGUCCCAGUGAAAAGGAUUUCGACCCAGCAUUUCAUUGGUUGUAUGCAGUUGUGUUGUACACCAGUUGUGGCAUCCCGGAUCAGCCAAUCCGUUACGAUCCCUUUAUGUCGGUGAUGAAUAUCGGGCCGAUUUCUUUUUUAUUUUGGCAGCAAUAUAUUUAAGCAUCAGGGUCUUAGCCGCCAUGCAGAUUUGGGACACUGUACAACUCGCCUCAGGCUUAUAAACUUCAAAUGCCUGCCGAAACUUUAGGAUCUUUUCGCGCCAUUCCCUUCGAACGAGAUCGGGCAGUGAAAUAAAUGCCGGGUCGCCUCUCUUAUGGCCAAGCUGAUCGGAUGUUUUGGGUGCAAGCAAACCGGUGGCUAUUUCUCGAAUUCUGGGGUACGUAUUACACUCAGGUGGUAAUUUGAUUCUCAAAGCAUACAUAUGUUCUAUUGGGAUCUUCAUGUUGAACUAGUGACCAGAGACUUUUGGAAUCUGUUACAUGUGCCUCUCACACGCCUGAUUCUUAUUGGUUUUGUGGGGGAUGAUCUAGAAAAUAAUAAGGCUUCCAGAAGCUUUGUCUGUCCACUAUUUAGUGGCCUCAGCCACCUGCUGCGCUA